AUGGAUCUCCUCGCGCAAGGCGUCGAUGCUGGCCUGGAGGCGACCGGCAUGGAUGCCGUCGAUGCGCUGCGCGCGUUCUUCCUUUUCGCCGCCGCGACGACGGUGUCCGUGAGCAUCCCGGCCUCUCUACGCUCUCGAUUCCUCAUCUACGGCCCGCGUGCGAACCCAACACUCUCCGAAUCCCGAUCGACCGCCGCAGAGGGCGCGUCCCGGUCCGGCCUCCUCGACUAUCUCGCGACCUGGCAAGUGCCACACAGCUACUUCACGCAGUUCUACAUCGCCUCUGUUGCUUCCUCGGUCUUUUGGGCGGCGCAGCUGCUAUGCCACGGUUCGCUCUUUCAAGCCAUUGCCACGCGCGUGAACGAAGAGCAUCGGCGACAGACCAUGUCUCUGACUCAGGUGCUCAUUUGCUGGAUACUAUUGACCCUGCAGGGCGCCCGACGACUCUGGGAGUCGUACUGCUUUGCGAAGCCAUCGACCUCCAAGAUGUGGUUCGCCCACUGGUUGUUGGGGUUGGCUUUCUAUUUGGCGGCGGGAAUUGCGAUAUGGAUUGAAGGAUCAGAGGCACUGAUGAACUUCAACCUGACCAUCGAUCACCUGAAAAUCACCAGAGCUCCUAGCUUGCGGACGUUCUUUUGCAUUCCGCUUUUCUUAGUCGCGUCGGGGAUGCAACAUGACUGCCACCACUUCUUGUUUUCCCUCAAAAAAUACACCCUCCCGGACCACCCGAUCUUCCGCGCCAUUGUCUGCCCUCACUAUGGGGCCGAAUGUAUUAUUUACCUGUCGCUUGCGCUGAUUGGGGCCCCCGGGGGCAAUGGAUCAAUAAAACCUUGUUCGCCUGUCUGGCGUUUGUGGCUAUUAACUUGGGCAUCACCACCCGGACCACAAAGCAAUGGUACUUGGAGAAAUUUGGCGACGACCGGGAGCAGCGAGAACAGAUAG